GUUUUGUUGUACUAAUGUCUUUUGCAGCUACGUAUGUUAUAAGCGACGUGUAUUCGGCGAAUUUGACUUCGUUAUUAGCCCGACCAGGAAGGGAAAAACCGAUCCACGAUUUAUACCAAUUGGAACAGGCAAUGCUAUCGAGAGAAUACAAAUUGUUCAUCGAAAACCGCAGUUCAUCGCACGGGUUACUGGAGAAUGGCACCGGGAUUUAUUCGAGAUUGUAUAAUCUGAUGCUCCAAAGACAAGGGUACAACAACAGCAUCGUGAACUCAGUGGAAGAGGGCGUUGAAUUAGUGAAAAGUUCCGAUAAUGUGGCCCUGAUGGCCGGAAGGGAAACCUUAAAUUUCGACAUUCAAAGAUUCGGUGUAUCUAAUUUCCAUCUUAGCGAGAAACUGAACACAGCUUACUCGGCGAUAGCCCUUCAACUAGGCUGCCCUUUCAUAGAAGAAAUCAACAAAAUAUUAAUGGCAAUUUUCGAGGCGGGAAUCAUCACGAAAAUGACCGAAAAGGAAUUCGAAAAAUUAGGAAAAGAGAAGGCCUUGUCUUCGGCGGAAAUCGCUGAAACCGUAGCCAAGGACACGAGCAAGGACUUACAGAGACAGAUCAAAUUGAAGGAGCCCAGAAAAUUGAAACCGAUCAGUUUGAAAAUGCUGCAGGGAGCUUUCUAUUUGAUAUGCUUCGGAAACGUAUUUUCCGGUUUAAUUUUGAUGGGUGAAAUUGCUUACAAAAGGCACCAAGUACGACAACGCGAGAGAAACCGACGCUUAGCAAUCGGAAAAUG